CAGCGGGCGGCGCGCCGGAAGUGCGUCAGUGCCGGCGGCCGGGAGCGGGGCGCCGCGGCGCGAACGGAGGCGGAAUGAGCAAAGGCCGCGAGGGCUCCGCGGCGGGCGGAGGGGGCGCUGCCGCCGUGCUGCUGCGGUACCUGCGGGAGCAGAACCGGCCCUACAGCGCCCAGGAUGCCUUCGGGAACCUGCAGCGGGAGCACGGGCUGGGCAAGGCGGCCGUGGUGAAGGCGCUGGAGCAGCUGGCGCAGCAGGGUCGCAUCCGCGAGAAGGCCUACGGGAAGCAGAAGAUCUACUUCGCCGACCAGGAGCAGCUCCCGGCCGCCAGCGACGCGGAGCUCCGCAGCCUGGACGAGCAGAUCGCCGCUCUCUCCGCCAAGGUACAGGCGCUGCAGCAGAGCUGCCGGCAGAUGGAGGCAGAGCUGAAGGACCUGAACAGCUCCAUGACAACACCGGAGAUGGCCAAAGAGCUUGAGGAGCUGAGGAAGGACUGCAGGAGUUACACCGAGAAACUGGAGAGGAUUAAGUCUGCCACCAACCAUGUGUCCCCGGAGGAGAAAGAGAAGGUCUGCAGCGAGCAGCAGCUGUACUGCAAGGAGUGGCGGAGGAGGAAGCGGAUGGCAACCGAGCUGCUGGAUGCCAUCCUGGAGGGGUACCCCAAGAGCAAGAAGCAAUUCUUUGAGGAGGUUGGGAUAGAGACAGACGAGGACCACAACGUCAGGCUGCCCACAGCUCCCUGAGGCACUGCUGCUGCAGCUCAGCUGGGCUCUUUCUGCUGCAGGCUGGGGCUGGUCCUGCCUGUUUGUACAUGUUUGGUUUAAAAGGUUUUAGGAUUGGAGCUGGGGUGGAGGGGGGUGACACAACACUGCCUCCCCCUGGGGAUUUUGUUUCUGCCUGCCCACAAGGGUGGUGGGCUGCUGGGGUGUCCUCAGUGGGGCUGUGAUGGGAAGGUGUGAGGGCACCGGUCUGGAGUCCCUGCUAGCCCAGUAAGAGGUGAAGGGACUGGGAACGCUGCCCUGUGGCUGAGUGGUGCACACAGCUACAGCCCCAAUAAACAUGAGGACUUCAGUUCA